AGAAGCGACCACCGCUGGGCAAAUGACAAUGGGUUAUGUGAUCUGUUAUCCCUACACAUCGUAGCUUUAUGCAUGUAUACGAAUACAAGCAGUCAGAGAAACAUGGCAUAAAAUAUCAUUGUCAACCGGAAGCUGAAUACAGCUCCAGGCGCCCCACGGACAUUCAAGUGAACAUAUCGUACCCCUCGCCGCGGCUUAGUGCUGAGGGCGUGGAGGGUGUCUUUGUUUCAACUCAACCCCCGAGGUCAGGUUUUGCACCUCAGUCUGUGAGUAAGACUGAGUCGACACUGACGGACGAUCAUGGCGGAGGAAGGGCAGGGUCGCGGUUCUGAUGGGGAGAAUGAUCCCCCUGCGUCUGUCAACACAACAGAUACAGAGGUGAAACGAGAGAAGAGCCCGAACAAAAAUAUGACCGACAAGAAGUCCCCUAAGAAACAGACUAGGUCAUCGAAGGAAAUAAUCUGCACUGUUGUACUCUUAGAUGGAGAGAAUUUCGAUGUGCCGAUUGAUAAAAAUGCUGUAGGUCAGAAAUUGUUUGACAAAGUUGGAGAUCAUAUCGAUCUGCUGGAGCGGGACUACUUCAGCCUGACCUACACAGAUGACAGGGACCCAGCACAUAUAAAGUAUUGGUUGAAUCAUGAAAAGAAAAUAUCAAAACAGAAGAAAAGAGGUGCUUGGGUGUUUGAAUUUGCAGUGAAGUUUUAUCCACCAGACCCUAGCAUGUUGCAAGAGAGCCUUACAAGAUAUCUUGUUACCUUGCAAGUCAGAAGAGACAUUUUAAGUGGAAGGUUACCUUGUUCCUUUGUCACACAUGCCCUCCUAGGGUCAUACAGUGUCCAGGCAGACCUCGGCGACUAUGAUGUCAACGAUCAUGGAGCUGGCAUUGACUACAUCCGUGACAUGCCAUUUGCUCCUUCACAGACAGCAGAACUUCUAGACAGAAUACAUGAACUUCACAAACAACACAAAGGUCAAACGCCAGAAGAGGCUGAAAACCACUUCUUGGAAAAUUCCAAGAAAUUAGCUAUGUAUGGUGUUGAUCUUCACAAAGCAACAGACUCCGAGGCCGUGGCCAUCAUGUUGGGCGUGUGUGCUAGUGGGUUGCUUGUAUACAGAGACAAACUCCGUAUCAACAGAUUUGUCUGGCCCAAAAUAUUAAAGAUUUCUUACAAAAGGAACAAUUUCUACAUAAAAAUACGACCUGGAGAGUUUGAGCCUUUCGAGACAACCAUCGGUUUUAAACUUGAUAAUCACAGAUUAGCCAAGAGGUUGUGGAAAACAUGCGUAGAACACCAUGCCUUCUUCAGGUUGCGAGAACCAGAAGCACCCACAAACAGCACAGUAUUCCCCCGCCUUGGUUCCAAGUUCCGCUACUCUGGGAGAACAUUGUACCAGACACGACAAACGUCAGCACUCCUAGACAGACAACAGCCUUAUUUCGACCGUUCCAACCAGAAACGUCACACAUAUGCAGAUCAGAGAACACGCAGUGUAGAUGAAUUGGCUAUGCGUCCAAGCUACAGAGAACAAUACAAAGACCAAUAUGGCUACUACCCAGAAGAUGCACCAACACUGGAAGGCAGAAGCACCCAGAUGAUCGUGACCGAGAUUCCUUAUGAAGAUGAAGAAGGGGGAACGUUGAAGAAGCGGCCAGAGGAGUACUCAACAGACACAGCAGACAGGCGAGACAAGGCACCUACAGACCAGGAAGAGAAAGAUCGCAAGAAGAAGAAGGGCAAGGACAAAGAUCAUGAGAAGGUGGCAUUAGCAGAGCUUAACAAGUCUGAGGAUAGGAGUGAUGAACAGGGAGCAGAUGAAGCAACAUUGAAAGCAGACCCAAGACAUCAACCAGACAGUUCUGGUCUUGAUAUGGAUGAGAUAAUGUUGGCAGCUAAGAUGGGCCAGGAUAACAAGUCGCCUGACUCGAAGGGAAGUCCCUAUGGUCCUGGGAGAGAGGCAGGUGGCCGUGAUGCCCCAGAUAGGGACAGACACCAAAAGAAGGGUAAAUCUGAUAAGAACAAACGGGCAUCUUUUAUGGCCAGUUUGUGUGCAGGGAAAAAUCCAAAGAAGAAGGGAGGAGAUACAGAUUCCGUAUCGUCUACUUCAUCUCAUGCAUCUCAGUCUGGCUCUAAACCUGCUGGCAAGACUGAGGAAACAACAGAAUCUGAAAAGGGAUCUUUCGGACCUGGGGUGGGCGUCGGCCCUGGAGGUUACGGUGGAGUGGGCGUUGGCCCUGGUAUGGGCAGAGGAGGACCACUUACAGCAGAACUUGGAGAUGAAAGUUUCGUUGAUCGCAAGAUGGAAUUCAUCCCUGUUGAACCCCCACACAAGAUGCGGGUAGAAACAAAUCGUAUAAAAACAGGCCUUGACCUCUCUGACGGGUCACCAAUGCCAUUCUUCAACCCAGCAGCUACCAGCACCACGGGCCGUCCCGGGAAAGUGCCACCACCAGUGCCACCCAAAGGAAAGGGAGGGUACGGAACUGACGACAGGAACCGCGUCAAGUCCGAUCAUCCACCUACAGUCCUUACUGAGAGCGUUAAGUACGACCCCGAUGUCGAUGACACUCCGGUUUCCACAAAGAAUGUCCCCCUCGUGAAAACUGAGACUCGAACUGUAACUUAUGAAAAAGAAGGGAACUCACUACCCUCUGAGAUGGAGGAUGGUUACCUUGUUAGUUCCCAGUCGCAUAGCACCAAGACGCAAACUGUCGAAACAACUACAUACAAGACCGAGAAGGACGGCAUUGUGGAGACACGAGUGGAGAGAAAGGUUGUCAUUCAGGGAGAUUCCGAUGACUUCGAUCAUGACGAGGCCUUGGCGCAGGCCAUUCUGAGCGUGACAGAGCUGGAUCCAGAUAUCUCCGUGGAGAGAAUUGAAUGCAUGAGGCAGAUGGAAGAGGUCAAUGGAGACAACAGAAACACAGCAGUGUGAGAGGAAGUGAGUGAUAUCCCAAGUGCUGAAUCUAUACUCCAUCUCCUCCAUUCAUCGGGAACAGAAAUGACAGACAAUAAGCUUGCAUUCAUGCCAUCAUCGCUGGAUUACCAUUCUGUUGUUAAAUAGCUUCAUUUAAUGAUUGAUUAGUUGCAUAUUUUGAUGGUUUAGAUGUCAGAUUCAACCCCGUAGGAAUGAAAUUAGAUGCCUUUUAGUUAUGAUGGAAACUCAGCCUCUUUUUGAAGUUACCAGUCUUAAGUUUAGUUGUUAUUUUAAUUCAUUAUAUAUCUGCUUACGUAUGUGAUUAUUUUCUGAUGAGGCUGUUAUAUUUUUUUGACUGUACAUAUGGGAAGUAAAAUAUGCUUGUUCCAUUUAAUUCAUUCAUAUCUAUCAUAAAGCUUUUAAUCUGUUCAUUGUUUUAUUACAGUGUUUUUGUCAUUCUUUUUAUACCAAUAAUUUCACAAUUGAAUAAUCAUGCAAAUAAUACGAACAUCUGUAUAUUUAGAAAAUUGUGAAUAAGCUUUGUUUAUUUUACCAUACUUGCCAAGUUUGUAGACAAAUUAUGCAUUUUCUUAUGAUCAAUACAGGACCAAAUGUUUGUAUGUACUUUGUGCUGUCAUAUUUUUGGUGUAUUGAAACACAUACACACUAAUUAGGAUGUAAUAAUUAGUCAUAUAUUUAUCCAUAUAACAUGUACAGAUGGACGUCCAUAGUGUGGAAUAUUCAGGUUUGUGACUAACCAAUUUCAUAAAGUUUCUUAUUGUUACUGCUGAAUGUUAUAUGACAAAAAGAAAUAUUUCAAACUCGCUCCUUGUGUACUCAAAGUAUAUGGAAACCUAGCUUAGGUCUGUUGAUUGUAAAGCAUAUAUUGGUUCUUGAAAGUUCUGACAUUUUUCAAAUUUACUGUCUUUGAUAUGACUUUUAAUGGUGUUUAGUGCCUCUACCCCUUUAAAAUUAACACCUUUUGAGAUACAUAUUUCUUUGGAAGUGGAGUGUUUUAAACGUUUUUUCUUGUUCAGUUUGGUGCUAGGUUGUUUGACAAAUAUUUAUGAAAUGAAAAAUAACUGGCAGUGUUGUGGAGACGAUUGCUUCUUCCAUUGUUAUGAUUUUUUCUUUCUUUUUGAAACAACAAAUAACUUAUGAAAUUGUGUGAACAAUGUCCUAUUUGCAGUAUAUGAAACUGCAGUGUCCCAAAUUGGUAUAUUCCUCAACUCGAGGGAGUGUAUUAGGGAGUAGUCAUGUGAACAGAGACAGCCAAGACAAGAGUUGUCAUUGGUCGGGAGACAGAACCCAGCCACACAUGUGGACCGUCCAGCUGUCCUAUCUUUGUGAUACUAUUAAUGUCUGUGGACGUCUUGUAUCAUCUUACGCCUGCUGUGUAUCUGGAUUGUGCCCGAGUCUGCAUCUAGACUGGGAAAUCUCUAGUAUGGGCAUGUAUUUAAUGCAUCGCUGACUUUCAACAUUGCCAUGUCUAAUGUAAUACAUUAGCUUUCAGUAAGGGCAUUUUCUAUGUCAGUCCAUAGCUACAAAUAUGAUUUUCGAUACAAGGCUCUUUAUGACAAAAGCCUGUAAAUAUGGAAUGGUUUUUAUGAGUUUUGUUGUGGCAGGUGCUUCUUUACUGAAAGGAAAAAUUUGGCAUUAGGUGUGAGCAUGGAAUGGUGGGAGUCUGAGAUGCUGGGAUUUGUUAUAGCUGGUCACGUGCUCACAUUGAUCAUUGCCUUAAGACGCCAUAUGUUAAACACGCUUUUUAAUAGUCAGCAAUCAGUCUAGAUGGCAAUGAUACAUUUAAAUCAUGACUUCAGAAUAAAACCUCUGUUUCCAAA